GCCGGGCAUGUAGAAACAUAUCCAGGCGGUCCGCAGAUAGACGUGUUUGGUCGUAUUAUUAAAGAUAAAACACUGGAAGGUAAACGUUACUUAUUAAGCCUGUCAGCGGGCAGAAUUAAUUGAAAAGGUCAUAUCAAAAAGCUGUCAGUCUGAAGUAAAGAAGCAAGAAACAGCUGUACUGUGUGUAGCUUCGUUGAAAUAAUAAUAAUAAUAAUAAUAAUAAUAAUAAUAAUAAUAAUAAUACGUGCUCCAGGAGUUUUAGAUUUAUUUUGAAAACUGUAAUACGUUUUUUUAAAAAAUAAGAAUCUGUUAUUCUUUAACCCUUCAGUCAGAUUAGCAGUAUGUAACAGAAUGCAUUGGAAUAUAUCAUUAACGUGUAUAACACCAGACACAUAUAGAAGCAUGUAUCGUGCUUGCUGUUAACCCUAAGAGGAGACAGGCGUAUAUAUGACACGUUCAGUAACGGCUGUGUUUUGAGAGUGCUUGAUGAGAUACAUUAGAAUGAUGAAUGCCCAGAAGGUGCUGAAAGAAGGAUUUCUGGAGAAACGAAGCAACGGACUCCUGCAGCUGUGGAAAAGAAAGCAUUGCGUGCUGACAGAGGAUGGGAUCCGGCUGUAUGACUGGAAGCGAAGCGGGGGCAGCGGCGGAGACUCCGGGUUCAGGUCCAGGGGCUUCAGUUCGUGGUCCUCUUCUACCAAGACCAAGGAGCUCCGUUUCGAGCGCAUGGCCACGGUGGACUGUGUCGAAUACAAACGGGAGCUGGUUUAUUUCACUGUGGUGAUGGCCGGGGGAAAGGAGAUAGACUUCCGAUGCCAGCAGGAGGGCACUGCCUGGAACGCGGAGAUAGCUCUUGGUUUGGUCCGGUUUAAAAACCUCCUGGCGGUGCAAUCGGGCAGAACCAGCCACCUGGCACACCUGGGUAGCACCGGGGAAGAAGAGGCGCUGGAAUCCUAAGGAAACACUGGACUGCAGUGAUAGUCGAGCUAAGAUUAGAAACGGUCCACAACCCUCUUUUUUCGGAAGUGAAACAAGCAGAAGAUGUCAAUUUCCUAUGACUGCAGGAUUAAAACUAUUGAAGAAUCGUUAAAACAAAUACAAUGUAUUAAAACCAAAUGUAUCAACGUCUUACUGAUGCCCGGAUCAAUACCCCUGGACGACCUGGAGCCACCUCUCCAAUACCUCCAGUAAGCCAGCCUCAGAGUGCAGCGCUACUCUGCUCUCUUUAACAUCAGUCAAAAUGAUGCGUAUCACCAUUAAUCUGUACAAAGUUAUGUGAACGUAUAGUGACUUUUUACCUGUGUUGCUGAGUUCUGCAUGAAUCGUUGCAGUGCCAAAAUCUCAUUUGAAAAAUACCUGCAGUUAUUUUGUAAUAUUUAAAUCUCGUUUUAAAUUGAACUCCAUUUAGAUUCUCUUGUUAGAUUCCUUCGGGUUCUUGCAUGCUUUUUUCCUGUGCAUUUAACAGGGGGCACAUUGAGUUAAUGAACCUGCAUCUUACCAUUAAAUUAGCUCUCUAGGAACACAACUUUGCGCUGUGUGAACUGUUCACACCACAAUACCACCAGGCAAUUAUACUGCUUUGUUUUGCUCUGACUUCCUCCCUAACCCUUAAUAGAAAGGGUUCCUCCUGGCGUGAGCAAGCUUGCUGUUGCUUGUGCUAUCCUGUAUCUGUAGAUAAAUAGCACUCUCCAGCAUUCUCUCCAAAAGCACUUCAGACUUCCUGUACAAUUUCACUUACAGGUGAUUCAUUUUUAUUAUUUUGACAUCCUAAAAUAGUAGCCAAAACCAGCGAUACAUCUGUCUUGGGACUGUCGCAGUGAGGUAACUCAAAAAUGUUGCGGUUUUGCAACGCGUUUUUUUUUUUUUUCUGACUGCUGCACUUCAUUAGCCCAGCCACCAGGUGGCAAAAGAAAGCAGAAAAUGCAUUAAACAAAACAGCAGGGAGCUCUGUGGACUUCGAGAUGAAGCUGAUUGGAGAUCCAGUUACUUUAGCCGCUAAGAUGCUUCAACCAAAGAUUGCACACGUGCACUGAGCACCUGCGAGUACAGGAGAGCGUAGCAGCACCUGCUGGAGGUGCAGCGCACUUCUGUGACUCAAGCAGACUGGUCGGAUGGUACGGUGAAUGCAACAGGCUUACCCUUGCAUGGCUGAUUUGCAAUGAAAAUGGAAUGUGUAUUGACGUGCAUUCUGUAAUCUCAUUCAAGAGGAGCAAGACAAGCAGAUCUUCCAGACUUUGUACCCAAGUUUGUGAAAGAUUCAUGAUGUCUCAAAAAGACUUUUGGGACAUUCUGGAGAACAGACUAUGCUGCUUCACCCACAGUAUUACUGACCUAGAAAAUAAAACACUGUCUUCUUGUCUGGGACAAGCAUGCCUUUUCUAUAUUUAAACACUUGACAUAUUUGAUGGCUGUAAUGCAGAUUCCGAAGCUAGUCCCAUGACCGUUUGACUAAUCUAUUGACCAUUGUUAACGACUGUUCUUCCCGAAAAGCUGGACAGAUUCCAUAGGGCUACGACAAUACCACCGAAUGUGUAACCCUGCAGAACCCCAUAGACAACCAUAGCAUUACCAGCAAUGGCAAUACAAUAUUGAAAGAAAAACUGCACAAUGCUGUUGUACAGUAGCACACGGUUCAUACCAUUAUGAUACUAGUGGUAUAUCAAACUAAAAGAACAUGUUGCCAAUGUGGUAUCUACCAGUGACCCAGCUACAGCAUUUGCACUGUCAUUCUCCCACAGCACAGAAUCAUUCAUUGGUGUUAAUGUCACUGCAAAACUAAAGAUUAUUAGAGACUGCAGCUCUUCUACACCAGUCACUGCAAUCACAGGGCACUAGAGCCAGCUUUCUAAAGAUAUUUACAUCAAAGUGCAAUUUGCAAAAUGAAAGUGUUCAUGUUAUAAAGCUAGCUGAAAGCCAAGUACAGCAGGCAUACCUUUGAUUCCUUGUUGUUAUCGUAGUUUUGCACUUUGUUGGUAAAAUCUACCAGAACAGAGGGUCAUCUGAAUAAUAUUGUAGGUUUUCUUAAUAGGUAAAAGUGUAAUAUUUUAUUUGAAUGUGGUUAUGUAAUUUUGAAUAUCAACUGUGUUGUAGCACAGGACCAUUUAGCUGGAAAACAGAAGUGAUUUUGCACAGGAAAUGCAGCUAAUAUUGAUUAAAUGAGACUUUUAAGAAACACUGUUUAAUAAGUUCAAGGCUUGUGAAUAGGGGAUCCAGUACUCUUGCCAAUGUAGCGCAUCGUGCUUUUGGUUCUGUAUUCUAAUAUGUGUCCUGGGUUCAUUGUGUUAUAUCUCAGUGACCUUCAAACACUUUGUUUUGAAUUGUUACAAUGUCUUAAUUUGAAAGAUCUUUGUUGGUGUAAUGUAGUAAAGCCUGUUUUGAGUUCUUUUCAAUUUCACAAUGAAGGUAUUCCAUUCUC